UGUAGGACUUUAAUUUCAUUCGAGGUAGCAGGUCGUUCCGUUGAGUACCGUUGAGAAGCUUGAGAGCUUUUUGCACGUUCGACGACUUGCAUCUGCCCGAGGUUACUCUGGAAAAAAUAUAUUUCACCCAACGACGUUUCUCUACAUAUUGCUCCGAGUACACGAAAGAGUUGAUGCUCAAUUCGGUGAAUUUACUUACGUAAUAAAUGUGAUUCGUGAACGCACUCGACCACCAAUGGUUCGAUGCUCCAGUCAACGGUUUUUAGAGGUCCGCGCGACAAACGCACGAUUUUUCUUCUAUUUCAAGGGAUCCUCGUUUGAUUUGCCUGUAAAUUAUGCAAGGCACCGUACACAGGUCAAAGGUAGACGCGGGAUUCUUCGUUAGGCAUAUUGGUUUGGAGUAAGACUUGCAAAAUGACCAACGUUACGAUGUCCACUAUGAAACUGGGCAUGCAGGACAAGAAAGAUUUAGAUAAAUUUACCAAGUUCCUGGCGUUAAAGGCUGCUCAGAUCAUUGUACAGUCUAGAUCGGGCGAGAAAAUCAACACGAAAUGUAAACCAAAUUCGUCUGGGACAGAUUGGUUUAAUCUUGCGAUCCAAGAUAUACCGGAAGUUUUGGCUGAAGCAAAAAGAGCAUUAUGCGGAGAUAUGUUAAAUUCCACAAUACCACUGUGUAUAGAAAUUUCUCUGAGAACGGUUGAGGGUGAUACCAUGGUUUUAGAGAUGUGGAGUCUUGGGAUUCUACCCGAACAAAGCGAUCCUACCAUUAGAGUUACUUAUACAGUUUAUAAUAGAAUGGGAAUUCUAUUGAAGUCAUUACUGUCAGUAUCGAGAAUCACCCCAGCUUAUAAAUUAAGUCGUAGACAAGGUCCAGAGUCCUACGUCAUUUGUUACAGAAUUUAUAUGGGUGAACCUCAAUUGCAUACAUUGGGUGACAAUUAUAAAAAUGUCAGGGUUGGCCAAUUAUGUACACCAGUGGGUACCAUUCAUCUGUCAGUAUCAUAUAGAACCAAAAUGGCAAUUUCUCCUACUCAGACCGGGCGAGAUUCUAUCAUGCUAAAAAGUGAUCAUUUUCAUUCCGACCUAAGCCCUCGUCAUGCUCGAUAUCAACAAAGCGAAGAUAACGCAAAAUCUUUAAGUGAUACCAUUAAAGUGGGCGCUUUUGCGAUUAACAAACAAGUUAUUGUGAACGAGGAGGAUCUGGUUAUCCCUGAUGUUCCAUUCAGUUUUCUCUUAACGCCACGUCAAACAUCUCCUCCUCGAAUAUCUGCAUUUCCAACAGUAAAUACAACUCCGGUAACAUCUACGGCAACAGUUACAACUGCAACACCUAUUACUACAAUUGUAGCAGCUACAGCUAUCGUAACCAUUACUACUGCUGCUAGUGCUGUUGCUACCACAAUUACUACUACUGGUUCUACCGUUGCUACCAAUGUUAUUUCUAGUACUUCUACUACUGCAACUUCUACUACUAGCACUACGAUUAGCACCUCGAUGAAUGCAACCAGUAGCAAUACCGUCACCACUGCUGCAGCUACGGCUAUUGUCAAUUCAACUUUAGUGAUGGAUACAGCAACGGAUAGUAAUAAUGGAAACGGUGAAAAAGUAAUUAAUGACAAUGCAACGCCAAAAUGUAGCUCACAAAAUGGAUCGAGGAGAAGUAGCUGUUCGUUAACGAGUGCUAAUGGGGAUUUUAUUAUGGUUGAUUUGAAAACUCCAUUCGCUGGUACUAAUACAAACAGCGACUUAGGUGCCUUUUAUCGCGAAUGUCAAAGUGCUCCGCAGUUGCAUGCAUUCAUGGAGGAACAAACAUUAGCUGAGCAAGUGGGUGAUCUUACCAAGCAGCUAGAGACUUUUGAAAUUAAUAUGCGACGAUACGAGGACAUCCUCACCUCUCUGUGUGAAUCGGAGAACAAUAACUAACAAAGGGAUUGAGAUUGCUAUAUAAUGUACAUUUGUUCUUGCUGCGAUAAGCCUCGAGCUUGUUAGAAAGCAGGAAAUUCCCUCAUUCUGUUAACAAGGUCAGAAGCCUUACAUUAAAACAGACUACACGCAUCUUAAACUCCAUGGCUUAGUGCUGUUCUUUUGAAAUCAUGAAUAUUUAGAAUCGUAAUCCGCAGGUAAAUUGCAAGCUCUACUCUAUUCAGUAUCUAUAUCUAUUAAUCGUCUAAAUUGGAAAAGUUCACGUUUAUCAAAAUAUUUUCGAACUAAGGAAAAUUUUUUACAAAUGGUUAGAGAAAAAACCUUAAUCAAUUAAAGAUCAAGCGAAAUGUCGUUUGGAGCAAACGUGAAAAGCAAUUACCACUCGAUAAGAUUCACUAACAUGGUAAAAGCAACGAAACGAUUUGGCAUAUUCUUGUACAGAAUUUAAUUUCUAACGCAAGCACAUAUAACAACUCCUGCACAUUUUUUAAUGCUGAAACGUAUGCUGAUACACGGAUUAACCUACGCCAAGAGUACUUACAAAUAGCGCAAUAAUAGGCCAUUCUUGUCUGUUUCUAAUCCUAUAUCCAUAAAUGCUAAAGAGGACAAAGAACGAUAGAUUAUCAUUCUUGAUGUCAGCCACACGAUAGCUGCCUUCAGGGAGAACUGAUUUGUUACGCGUCUAGAGGUUUUCGAAUUUAAGUUAUUAUUUGUACAUAUUGUAAAUCGAUUGUAUACACCAUAGAAUAUAUUGUACACUAAUUAAAUUAAAUGUGAAGUAUCUUCGAGUACUGAAAAUAUCACUACGCAGUCCAUUACGUCCAUGCACUAAUUAUUGAAAAUUGUUAUUACAAAGCGCACUGUAAUAAACUGCUGAAACAUG